AUGAGUAUGAAUAACACAUUAACCAUAUUUGGAAGAUUUAGUAGAAAUUCAGAUAUAGGAUUUAUCAUGCAACAACCAAAUUAUGACUCAGGAGCAGAUUUACCAAAAGCAUACUGGAAUAUUGAAUUUUUUGGAAGAAUAAAAACAAAAAUGGUGACACCAAUUUCAGAAAUAGAUAUGAAGAAGCAAUGGCUUUAUCAAACUUCUCAUCUGAAGGAUGUAACCAAAGAGAAUAUGGCGACUACUAAAUAUGAUACCAAUCAACUUCAAUUACCAAAUAAUGGCAAAAAGGCUAAUGACUAA